AUGACCAAGCUCGCCCCACCACAAGUAGAGGCGUGGAAACUUGGCAGCAAGCAGCGCCUGCAGGAGAUGCUACAACAGCAGCGGGAAAUGGAGCAGAAUAGUAUGAUUAGUCGUGAGAAGCACGAGGAAAUCCUUGGGGAAGCAGAAAAAUUUUUGCAGGAGGUGGAGCAAAAGGCAAGGGCAGCCAAACACACGGAAGAAGAUUCGCCAUCACUGCCGUUUGUUAGUUUGCGUACAGGUCCGGCGUACUCUGCUAACUCUGCGGGCGCGCACUGUACUUCCCCCAAAUGCCGAGCGCCCUCGGGCAGCAUCCCUAACGGCAUGAGCGGCAUAAAGGUUGUCAGGUUCACGUUGCCGGCAGGCGGAAAGGCAAAGGAGGAGGCGAUUAAUCAACUGCGCACCAGCCCUGGCGGCGUCCAACACCUGUCUAGCAAGGACAAAUACUCCAUGCUUCUGCGGGAGCAAGACAAUUUGUUGCGUCAGAAGGAGGAGAAUAAGGAGGAGUACAAUAAGUUGGUGGAGCAGGCUGUUGCCUACCAUGAACAGCAGAGGGCAUUGAAGCAGAUGCAUCAGGAACAGGAGUGUGAGGAUGUAAAUGACGAGCCUGCGUAA